UCAAAAAUUUUCCCAUUUUUUUAAAGGUUUCGUUUGGGUCACUAUCCGAUUUGGGGGUUACUUUAUGAGCUAUGUAUCUCGUGUUUUCUUCUCUUUGUUGAUGAAUCUGGAUAUAUUUUUAGCUGUACUACUUAGCAUCAUCUCAUAUUGGAGGAAGCUAAAUAUGGAGAUAUUAUCGCCAACAAUGGAUGAAUUACUUGCACCACCAACAAAUGGACUUCCACAGCAAAAUCAACAAGAAGAAGAAGAAGAAGAAGAUGAUGAAUCAGCAUACAACGACAGCAAGCGCAGGCUCAAAUCAAUGCGACAUCCGGAUGUUGUAUAUAUAUCUUAUGUGGAAGAGCCAUCUGCCUCUGAUAUUGAACAAAAACGGAAUAAACUUGAAGAGCCGGAAAAUCAAUGGCAAGAUGGUUCUGAAGAUAGUGAUUACGUAGGUAGUGAUGAAGAAAUUUGGGUUCCAUCAAAAUCUCGUUGGUUGGCUUUGUGUUUGGCUAUAUGGGGAGCGGAAACCGAUGCUGAUCUUAUAUACAAAGUGAAAGCUUCAAAACUAAUCCUUGAUAUUUUCACUGAUGGUGUUUUUAGUGGCGAUGGAAAUUCUGGUUGUGGGGCUAUUAUACGCGAUAAUUGUCAGAGACCAAUAGUUGCUAGGUCCAAGGUUAAUACUAAAGGGGAGUAUGUCUCACCAUUCCUUCUACAGUUGGAAGGGAUUGCUUUAGGGGUAGCACUUGCGAAGAAGUAUAACGCUUCUCGUUUCUAUCUCUACUGCCCAUCUGAAGAUGUUUGUGAAUUUAUUAAUGCAAGUUGGACACAGAGGUGUAUGUUACUGUAGUGGGAAAGGGGUAACUGUUAAAAAUCCGUGCAGAACUUGCUCGGUACAGUGGAGGUGUGCAGGCGAAGGAAAAGACCAAGAUAAGGCUUUUGACCUCGCCCAACGUAUUAUCUCUGAGCUUGACAGUUUUGGUGUUUCUUACUUUGAUGCAAUGGCGUCUAAUGGUGAAAGUGAAAGAAAGGAAGCUGCACAUUUUCUGGCACGGGUUCAAGAAGACAAGGAUUUGAAAUUGGGGGAAAUUGGCAAGUGGGAAGAAUUUUGGGACAUCAUCUAUACAGAAGUCUUUGGCCACUAUCUCGAGUAGGCUGGUACUUAAGAUUACUGCUGUCUUAUGGUAAUACUUACUGUUCGCAUAUAUUUAUUGAAGCUGCCAGUUUAGAACAUCAUUUUAACUAUGUAAAGGCUUUAUUUAGGCUGUUAUGUGUUAGUCUAUGUAAUUUAAGAGUGUAAUGAUCUUCUUGGGUUCAUUAAUGUUGCAUGAUGAGAGUUUGUUCUUAGAGUUGAAAAUGAAGGCAUUCAGUGAAUUGGGCAAGCCAGCAAGAUAGUAUUAGCUGGGAUUGCAACAGUAAGUUGGUUUCAGAUACUUAUAGUAUUCGCAGAUACUUCCUAUUCGCAUAUACUUCCUAUUCGCAUAUAUUUAUUGAAGCAAGGGUAUAUUUGCAUUUA